GUCAGCCUUGCGUCGAGCAAGAAGAUAUUGUCACUAUUGUCGUAUAAAACAUAAUUUUCAGGCACAAAUCAAAUUUUGCCAUGAAAUUGCAUCUAAUACUCGCCAGUUUUUUUAUUGUGUUUGUGAAAUCAGCAGAGUCCCAGACGGCAGAAAAUAGUGAUCCCACUUGUAGUACGCUAGAAUGCCAGCAACAGUUGCUCCAGAUCCGUUUGGAAACAAUGGAAGCGGCUUUCCGGACCAUCGUCACAGCCCUUUCAAAUCAAAAUAACGAUUUGUUUGCUCGAGUCAAAGAAAUAUUAGCGCAAGACGUGGCCAUCAGUUCGAUCCUUUCUGCAACCCCAAUUCGUCCCGACCCUGCGGCAUCCACUUCUAAUAGUACAGCUACCAAGAAUGCUCCGGAGAUAACGAUUCAAAUUACUAAAGGAGACUCGGAAAGUCUUCUCCAACAAGGAAAGGUCCUGGUCGACAACCUUAAAAGCUUAGUCAAAUGUUCCUUAGCUCAGUUCGUUGACAUCAGCACUAUUGAUUCCGAAUCGAACGUUGGCAGUAAUUCGUCCGCAAUCGCCGCUUCAUUUAGCACCAAAAACGAGUCGCUUGAAAUCGUUUGGCCCGUUCUCUCAGCCGAAUGUCUCAAAUUUAGUUCCGGUGUCUGGAUCCGAGUGUACCAGAUCAGCAACGAACUCGCAAAGUCGCUGGUUGAAACUUCCUUGUCCGUACCUCAAAAGUGUUUGAAAAAGAAUUCGAAAACGACCUUCUCUAUCGCCCUAUCGCCACCAUCUUCAAUCACUAGCAAGAAAGAUCCUUGCCUCUUUUUACUGGCCAGAAAUCUCACCCAGUGUCGCUCCUAUGCCGUUGAAGUGAUCCCGAAUUUCCAGACACUUCGUGGGAAAACGUUGCGCACAGAAAUCGUCAUCCCACCAAAGUUGAGUGGCGAUUUUAGUACGAAAUCGCUGAUGGAUAUUGUCGUAAAUUCGAAUUCGUUGAAAUUGAACUGGAAAGAUAAUUCGGGUUGCGCUUCCCAAAUGACUUCGUUAAACCUGAAAGUACUCCAGGAUGGAUUGGCAAGCAGUGAAAGAACGAACAAUACUUACAGGAUCCCUCGAAGUUGUCUUAAGCAGGAUCGAAAUGAAGUGAACGCGUUCUCUAUGAUGUUGCCAACUAAUCCGCAAACGUGUUCAAUCGAGUGGAAACCUCUGGACAAGUGUCGCAAAUACACAUUUGACAUGAGCUCCCAGUACACGGCAACUUGGAAUGGCUCUUCUAUACUUCUGGAUAUAUUUACCAAGGGGAACGAAGCCGAUUUCACAAUUUUUCCAAAUGAUGGCUCGAACCCUUGGAGGUGUCCGAGAAAGUAUUUUAGUUGCAGCUGGAACUGUAAUCAUGCUGAAGCAAGCUUUGUCUGUAACGGAGUAAACGAUUGUAGAAAUGGUCGGGAUGAGCAAUACUGUGAUCAAAGCGUGUGCAAAGAAGGAUUUAAAUGUGGGCGGCAGUGUAUACCGAAAGAACUCGUUUGCAAUGGCCAACACGAUUGUCUUGAUGGCUCCGACGAGAAUUAUAGUUGCAUUUACGCCAAUAUGUGUCAGCAUCUCACAGAUUCUUCGGGUAAUUUUUCUUCUCAGCGAGUUCCCAAACCGGCAGACGACAUCCAUUCGGAAAGAGCUUUUGAUGCUACUCUCAAAACCACAGUUUUAAUAUCUGUGCAGCCUAAUCAGCAAAUUUGGCUGACAUUAAAAAAGUGCGUUACUCUGGAGCAGCGACAUUUCGUUAAUAUUUACGACGGACCUUACUCAACCAGUCCUCUACUGUUAUCGACUAGCGGAUUAGUUACUAACCCAUUCUCGGUACGAUCUUCAUUCAAUGAAUUGUAUGUGGAAUUUCCAUCUUAUUACCAAACAGAUUAUGGCAUUUCAGCUUUUUACACCAGUGUAAACAGCACGAAUGAACCGUUCGUUCCAGGCUGUGGCGGUUAUAUUUACGGCGAUGGAGUCAUUGCGAUUCCAAAUUACGUGGCCAGCAACACCGAUAUCUCUGACUGUUUUUGGUUCAUCGAAGCAACGACCAAUGAGGAUACCAUCCUGCUAACUAACACUAAAUCCGCAUCAUCUUUUCAAGCAAACGUUCCUACUGUUCGAAACUAUUACUAUAUGGAUGGAAACUACUCUACGACUACUGAAUCAUAUUAUUAUAAAACUACACCCAAUUAUGUUGAUUACUAUUCUAAUCCAGCAUCUUUGUUGUCUUCGCCGGAAAAUUUGUCCUCCAUAAUCGUAUACGAUGGAUGGAGCACUUCCGGUCAUGUACUUCACGACCGGAAAGAUUCCAUGACAAAUAUAGCAAUGUACUCAAUCAGCAACAAAAUGCUGGUUCAUUUCAAACCACCAUCAGUCGUUAAAGAAAACGUUGCCUUCUCUUGGAGAGUCUUAAAAAUUUCCACGCCAGAAUGCAAACACGAUUUGAACGGAGCCAAUGGAAUUAUCAAAAGUCCAAAUUAUCCGGUGCAGGUUUAUCCCGACUUGACCGACUGUCGUUGGAACAUCACAGUGAAAGCGGGCUCAAAAGUCCGGUUACUUUUUGCCUACUUUGAAACGCAAGCGGAAAUGGAUUUUCUUUAUGUGUACGAUGGACCCAGUGUUUAUUCAGAAUUAUUGUUUGAAAAAUCAGGAUUGAUUACCACACCUUUCGAAGUGAAUUCUACAACAAAUCAAGUCCUGGUUCGGUUUACAUCAGACGGUACAUCGGACGCUUCCUAUCCUGGUUUUCUCGCCGUUUAUUCGACUGUGUGAAUCUUUCCCCUGUCAGUCAAUCACGCAACAAGUCCUCUCUAGCUAUAUGUAGACUCUUAUUUGGGCUUAGCAACGUCACUUGCAUAAAUAUUCCUUUAAACUGCUUAUUCAACAAAAUGUCGCAAAAUGCUAACGUGGAACGUUACUGGUUAACUGUU